GUUUUAUACCUGACCCAUUUUGCAAGCGCCCAAUAACUAGGAACACCCGAAAUCGAAUCGUUUUGAUAAAUCAUGAAUCCUUUGACAAAUGUUAAGAAUUUACAGAAAUUGAACCAGAGAGAGUUGGAGCUUGGUCUUACAAAUAAGAAGUCAUGGCAUGACCAGUAUAAAGAUAGUGCAUGGAUAUUUGUUGGUGGUUUACCGUAUGAUCUCACAGAAGGUGAUAUUGUCUGUGUUUUCUCACAGUAUGGAGAGUUGGUAAAUAUAAAUCUUGUGCGAGAUAAAAAGUCAGGCAAAUCUAAAGGGUUUUGUUUCAUGUGUUAUGAAGAUCAAAGAAGUACCAUAUUAGCUGUGGACAAUUUUAAUGGAAUCAAGUUGUUGGGUAGAACACUGCGUGUGGACCAUGUCGAGGAAUAUCGGAAGCCAAAAGAACAUGGUGAUGAAGAUGAAGUCACUAUGAAAUUGCGAACAGAGGGUAUUGCUCCGCAGGUACCUCAGUCACCAGAGCAUGUCUCAAGUGAAGAGGAACCACUUCAGGUCAAGGUCAAAGCAAAAAAAGAAAAGAAGAUUAAAAAAGAAAAGAAAAGUAAAAAGAAGAAGAAAGCAGCAAAGAAAAGCUCAAGUUCUGAAAGUGAUUCAGACUCUGAAACAGACUAUAAAUCAAAGAGAGUCAAAAAAGAACAUUAUGAUUCUGAAACAGACUAUAAAAAGUUUAAUGUAAAAGUAAAAAAAGAAAAAUAUGACCCAGGGUAUGAAAGAGUAGAGAGAAUGAAUGUCAGGCAAAAGCGAAGUCAUUCCCCUGAUGACAGGAAUGACAGACGGAAAUCUGCUAAAUAUAAUAGUGAUGAAAGUGAAAGAUCUGGUGCACAGAGAGAAAGACAUAGAGAAUAUGAUGGUGAACGGAAUCGGGAAACAAACUAUAGGGAUGAAACGAGGGAUCGGGAACGUAACUACAGAGACGAAUCAGAUAACAGUAGACAUCGGACGAGAGAUUAUGAUGAUGAGGACAGAGGUCGUGUUAGAUAUAGAGAGACAGAUGAAAGAUAUUAUGAUAAAAGAUCGGAUAAAGACAGGAGAGAUAGGGGAAGUGACAGAUAUGAUAGGGGAAGUGAUAAAUAUGAUAGGGGAAGCGACAGAUAUGAUAGUGGAAAUGACAGGUAUAGCAGACAAGAUGAUAGAAAACAUUACGAUAGAGAUUAUUCUGAUAGAGGUAGAAACAGAGAUUCUAGAAGAUAGUGGGAACAGUUUUGUUUUAAGUAAUAAUGUUUUAACAACCGAAGAAUCUGUAAAAUUAAUAUGCCAUACAGUGAUGAUUCUUAAAGAAAAUGGUUUGCUCCAAGCUUUAAUAACUUUUUAUUUCACCUUAGAAGCUGGAACAAAAGAACCAGGAUCUUUAAGUAUUAGUAAGAAUUAAAUGUACAUUAGAGAUAUUUUUGUAUGACAGGCGUUUUACUAAAUGACUUAUUCUGACUGGUCAUUAGACCUUGGUUCAGAAAUGGUCCGAUUUUGAAAUUGUUAGCCCUUUGUUUAAAUGUUUUUUGUUUUUUUUUAAUGCGUUUAUUUAAGGUCGCCGCCGGAAAGCCCAUAUGGGCGACCGUACACUCAAGUCGGGCCAUCCUAGAGCGUCCCGACGAGAUUUUUUCGUCGAUUUUUUUCCAGCUUUAUUGGUGGAGGAAGACCCCAGGUGCCCCUCCGGGCAUUAUUUCAGGCACGAGCGGGCACCUGGGUAGAACCACCGACCUUCCGUAAGCCAGCUGGAUGGCUUCCUCACAUGAAAGAUUUUGACCCGAGUGAGGAUCGAACCUACCUGUUUAAAUGAUCAUGUUACUUGGUUUAAAUAAUCAGAUUUUAAAGGGUUACAACAAACUUGGGCUUAAAUGAUCAGAUUUUCAAGAUCCUGUAACACAAAUUUUUAAUGGUUUUAUUAUAUAAAUAUGAUGCUCAAGUUAAGAUUUGUCAAUAUUGUAAGUUCAAAUAAGCAUUAUUUAUAAAGAUAUUACCCAAUUUAACAUUUCAUGUAAAUAAAGGGAGGUAAUUAGAACUUUAUUUUCUAUAAAUUCUAAGUAAAAUUUUCCAAUAAGAAAUGAAUGCAUGUUAUUUAUCUAUUAAAUAUAAUGUGCACAAAUAUUUGCAGUACAAAUUUUACAUAUUCUUUGAUAUUUAAAAAUUGUUUUAUUUGCAUAAUUAUAUUGAUAUAUAAUUUUUUUGCAAGUGUGGUAUACACACAGUGACAAUAUCAAUCACAAAACAUACAGGAUCUUUUAUCAAAUGGUUAGACCUUGGUUUAAAUAGUAUAAUUUUGAAUUAGAUGACCAGAUUUUAAAGGUUAGACCUUGGUUUUAAACAAUGAUCUGAUUGUAAAUGGUUAGAACUUGGUUUAAAUGAUAAGAUUUUGUAUUAAUUUACUUAGAACUUUGCUGAAAUGGUAUGAUUUGGAAUCUUUAGACUUUGGCAAAAAUGAUCUUGUCUGAUUUAUAAACAAUGCCUUCACUGUUGGGAUUAUAAUAUAUAAGUGGAAAUUUUAAAAGUUCUAAAAAAAGAUGUUUGUAGACAAGUGAACUUACCUUGUUGUGUUUAAGAGGGUUGCUUACAGUCAAAAUCUGCUUUUCUUGAUCUUCAAAGUAGUUUUGAAACAAGUAAUUACUAGACUUUCAGUAUAUUGUAAAUAUUGGCAAUUGUGUAAUUACUCCCAGCUGUUGUUUUUUUUAAUUCAAU